AUGUCUGAAUGGAAAGUAGAUCCUGAUAACAGAAGACGGUUAUUACAACUGCAAAAGGUGGGUGCCAAUAAAAAGUGUGUUGAUUGUGCUGCUCCAAACCCUCAAUGGGCCUCUCCAAAGUUUGGUAUUUUUAUUUGUUUGGAAUGUGCAGGUGUGCAUCGUGGAUUAGGUGUCCAUAUCUCUUUUGUCAGAUCAAUCACUAUGGACCAAUUCAAGCCAGAGGAACUCAUUAGAAUGGAAAACGGUGGUAACGACAAAUUCAAUGAAUACAUGUCGGCACACAACGUGGAUUCCAAACUGCCACCAAAAAUAAAAUACGAUAACGUUAUAGCUUCGGACUAUAAGGACAAAUUAACUGCUCUUUGUGAGGGCACGGAAUGGCAGGAACCUGACCGUAGUGACUUCGAUGCUUCACAGUUAGGUACAGAUCUAAGUUCUAGUUCCGGCUCCUUGAAAGAAAGUGAUGCGAAAAAGAGUGCGUCAGCAGAACCUGUCGAUCAAAAAGAGAAGAAUGAGUCGUAUUUUGCUAGUCUUGGCGAGAAGAAUCAACAGAGACCAGACCAUAUUCCACCUUCAAAGGGGGGGAAAUACCAAGGAUUUGGAAACACACCAAUUAUCCAACACAAAAAAACCAACCAAGCCCAAGCAGGGUCUACCACACUUACCCUGGAAAAUUUCCAAAAGGAUCCGCUAGGUACAUUCACAAAAGGUUGGGGUUUAUUCUCAUCUGCUGUCUCGAAGUCCAUGGAGGAAGUACAAGAAACACUAAUAAAGCCAAACGUGGAACAACUUUCUCAAAAGGAUUUAUCGGAGGAAGCUUUAAGAGCUGCCAAGCAGUUCGGUCAAAAAUUCCAGGAGUCUAGUAGCUAUGGUUUACAAGCCUUAAAUUCCUUUACUAAAGGUUUGCAACAACAGCUGCAAGAUCCCCAAAAUGGGUCAGAGUCCUCUCAAUAUAGCAAACUAUUCGAUGGUGUGGAUACACCAUCUCAUGCUUCUUCUGAGCAAUUGUCAUCAGAAAAAAAGGUUACUCCAGCGAAGAAAGACACUAACGAUGACGAAUGGGAUGAUUUUUAA